AGCCUCUGUUUUACGAAAUAUGAGUACUGAAACAGCAUUGAGUGAAAUAGAAAAGCUUCGCAUCACAACACGUGCCGGUGGUGCGUAUAUACCACCGCAUCGUCUGCGUAUGAUGCAGCAAUCUGUCAAAGAUACUACAAGUGAAGAAUAUCAACGUUUAACAUGGGAAGCAUUAAAAAAAUCAAUCAACGGCUUGAUCAACAAAGUUAACACCUCCAAUAUAAAGAUGAUUAUCCCUGAGCUGUUUGGAGAAAAUCUCAUACGUGGCAGAGGCUUAUUCUGUCGAAGUAUGAUGAAAGCGCAACAAGCCAGUUUACCUUUCACACCAGUCUAUGCUGCGGUAGCAGCCGUCAUCAACACUAAAUUACCCGCAGUGGGCGCCUUACUAUUAUCCCGUCUAGUCCUGCAGUUUAGAAGAGCUUAUAGAAGAAACGAUAAGACUUCUUGUCUUGCUACCACCAUGUUCAUCGCUCACCUAACAAAUCAGCUUGUCGCCGAUAAAGUACUCGCUUUACAAAUUCUUGCUCUUUUAUUAGAAAAACCUACGGACGACUCUGUGGAAAUUGCUGUCGGCUUUAUGCGUGAAGUUGGCGCGCUUUUAGCCCAGAUUUGCCCAAAGGCGAACAACGCAAUUUUUGAACGUUUUAGAACCGUAUUACACGAGGGAGCUAUUGAUAAACGUACUCAGUAUAUGAUUGAAGUUCUAUUUCAAGUGCGCAAAGACAAGUAUAAAGACAACGAACCCGUUGUUCAAGAAUUAGACUUGGUGGAAGAAGAAGAUCAAAUUACACAUAAUAUCAGUUUAGAUGAUGAUGAUCUUGAAGCGGAAGAAAAGCUUAAUAUCUUUAAAGUCGAUCCUGAAUUCGCUGAAAAUGAGGAAAAGUAUAAUGCUAUCAAGGCUGAAAUUUUAGGUGAAGGUUCUGAAGAUGAAGAUGAAUCCUCAGAUGGUUCAGAAAGUGGAAGCGAAACUGACAAUGAAGAAAGUGAAGAGUCUGAAGAUGAAGACAAAAUGGAGAUUAUAGAUAAAACGAAUGCUGAUAUCAUUGAGCUACGUCGAAAGAUUUACUUAACAGUCAUGUCUAGUGUCAAUUUUGAAGAAGCAACUCAUAAGCUGGUGAAGUUGGAACUUCCAGCAGGACACGAGGUUGAAUUGCCUAAUAUGAUUAUUGAAUGUUGCUCCCAAGAGCGCACGUAUCUCAAAUACUAUGGUUUGAUGGCCGAACGACUCUGUAAAAUGAACCGACAAUGGGUUGAGUUUUUCCAGAAAUGCUUUUCCGACGUUUAUGAAACUAUUCAUCGAUACGAAACGAACAGACUACGUAAUAUCGCGAAAUUAUUUGCUCAUCUAUUCAAUACCGAAGCAUUACCAUGGACAAUCUUUAGCAUCAUACAUCUGACAGAAGAAGACACUACCUCUGCAUCUCGUAUCUUUGUCAAAAUCUUAUUCCAAGAGAUCAACGAAUUUUUGGGUCUGAAAACUCUUAAAGAAAGGUUGUUAGAUCCUUAUUUGUCAGAAAGCAUGGCAGGAAUGUUCCCCAAGAACAACCCCAAAGAUACCCGGUUCGCUAUCAAUUAUUGGACUAGUAUUGGCCUUGGUGCGGUAACCGAAGACCUGAGAGAAUGGUUGAAGACUGCACCUCAACAGAUGAGAAAAAUGGAAACAGAUAGUAGUGACAGCGACAGCAGCAGCGGCAGCAGCAGUAGCAGCGGCAGUGACAGUGAUACAAGCAACGGCAGCGAGAGUGAUUCAAGCAGCAGCAGUAGCUAUAGCAGCAGCAGUGCUUAUAGCAGCAGUAGUGCAUAUAGCAGUAGCAGCAGAAGUAGAAGCCGAAGCCCCAGGAGGAACCGAAGCCUAGGAAGAGCAAGAGGAAGAAGGAGAAGCAUAAGUAGUAGAAGAAGUACCAGUAGAAGGAGAAGUAGAAGUAGAAGUAGAAGUAGAAGUCCGAUUAAAAGAAGAGGUUCAAAUAGAAGCAGAAGUCGAAGAAGAAGUCUUAGUGAAAGCAGAAGCAGAAGCCGAAGAAGAAGUCUUAGUGAAAGCAGAAGCAGAAGCCGAAGAAGAAGUUCAAGUAGAAGCAGAAGUCCGAUUCGAAGAAGAAGUUUCAGUAGAAGAAGAAGUUAUAGCAGAAGCAGAAGUCCUAGAAGAAGCAGAAGUCCAAGAAGAAACACUAGUAGAAGGAGAAGUUUAAGUAGAAGCAGAAGUCCACUUAGAAGAAGAAGCAUUGAUAGAAAACGAAGAAUGUAGUUUCUUACAGCAGAGUUAUUAUAAGAGCUAUGGUAUCAACAUAAUAAGAAAAAUAGUAGAGAGAAUAGUAUGGAAGAAAAAAGAUUUAAGUAUUAGAAAUUACUAUGGUGGAGAUCCCCUUCGGCUUCAGCGAGUCAAUUGAUGGGGUUUAAAGUAGCGAAUAUAGUAGUUGAUAAAAUAACAAUUUCAAGGAUGAGUUUUUUCUUUUUGUAUUUUUAUUAGAGCUAAAUAAAAGUUCACUGUUCAUUGCAACUGUUUGAUUUGAAUGCGAAAAAAAAGGCAUUAACCGU